CUCGUCGAAGCCACUCUAGCCCUGCCUCUCGGUGCUCCGCCCUCCGGGUGGCGCGCCGCGGGGGUCCUCCAAGAUGGCGGUGCAGAGGAGGAGCCUGCUCCAAAGUGAGCAGCAGCCAAGCUGGACGGAUGACCUGCCGCUCUGUCACCUCUCUGGAGUUGGCUCAGCUUCCAACCGUAGCUAUGCUGCUGAUGGCAAGGGCACCGAGAGCCACCCUCCAGAGGACAACUGGAUCAAGUUCAGAAGUGAGAACAGCUGUUUCUUGUAUGGGGUCUUCAAUGGCUACGAUGGCAACCGGGUGACUAACUUUGUGGCCCAGAGGCUGUCUGCAGAGCUCCUGCUGGGCCAGCUCACUGCUGAACACACAGAGGCUGAUGUGCGGCGUGUGCUACUGCAGGCCUUUGAUGUGGUAGAGAGGAGCUUCCUGGAGUCCAUCGAUGAUGCCUUGGCUGAGAAAGCAAGCCUCCAGUCCCAGCUGCCAGAGGGUGUCCCUCAGCACCAGUUGCCACCCCAGUAUCAGAAGAUCCUUGAAAGACUCAAGGCCCUGGAGAGGGAGAUUUCAGGAGGGGCCAUGGCUGUUGUGGCAGUCCUUCUCAACAACAAACUUUAUGUUGCCAACGUUGGUACAAACCGGGCACUUUUGUGCAAAUCUACAGUGGAUGGACUACAGGUGACCCAACUGAACGUAGACCACACCACGGAGAACGAGGAUGAGCUCUUUCGCCUUUCACAGCUAGGUUUGGACGCAGGAAAGAUCAAGCAGGUGGGCAUCAUCUGUGGGCAGGAGAGCACCAGACGCAUUGGGGAUUACAAGGUCAAAUAUGGCUACACUGACAUUGACCUGCUCAGUGCUGCCAAGUCCAAACCCAUCAUCGCAGAGCCAGAAAUCCACGGUGCACAGCCUCUGGAUGGCGUGACAGGCUUCCUGGUGCUGAUGUCCGAGGGGCUGUACAAGGCCCUGGAGGCAGCCCAUGGGCCUGGGCAGGCCAACCAGGAGAUAGCUGCAAUGAUUGGCACUGAAUUCGCCAAGCAGACCUCCCUCGACGCAGUGGCCCAGGCUGUGGUAGACCGAGUGAAACGCAUCCACGGAGACACCUUUGCCAGUGGUGGGGAGCGGGCCAAGUUCUGCCCACGGCAUGAGGACAUGACCCUGCUGGUGAGGAAUUUUGGCUACCCACUGGGUGAAAUGAGCCAGCCCUCAUCAACCCCAGCCCCAGCUGCAGGGGGCCGUGUGUACCCUGUUUCUGUGCCCUACUCAAGUGCCCAGAGCACCAGCAAGACCAGCGUGACCCUCUCCCUCGUUAUGCCCUCUCAGGGCCAGAUGGUAAAUGGGGCCCAUAGUGCCUCCACUCUGGAUGAAGCCACUCCUACCCUCACCAACCAGAGCCCAACCCUGACCCUGCAGUCCACCAACACACACACGCAGAGCAGCAGCUCCAGCUCUGAUGGUGGCCUCUUCCGCUCCAGACCCACCCACUCACUCCCACCUGGUGAAGAUGGCCGAGUUGAGCCCUAUGUGGACUUUGCUGAGUUUUACCGCCUCUGGAGUGUGGACCAUGGUGAGCAGAGCGUGAUGACAGCACCUUAGCUUGGCUUCAGAGUGCAGCCUAAGCAGGCCUUGUGUGUAGGCACAGAAGCCCAGCACCAAAGCAGGACAGGCUUUAGUCUUCCUUGACCUUUGCAGGUGCCAUGAGACCAGUGGGCGCCAUGUCCUCAUUGUGCUGCAGGCUCUAUCCCACUGCAUUUGGGCUAUAGCCCGAGUAUAAACUUCAUUGCUUGUCUACACAGGAGGCUAGAGGUCAGGCCACAGGCAGCAUCAGACAGGGUCAAGUGCAGAAGCUGCAGGUGGCCUGCAAGCCAUCAAGAAUACUUCCUGACGUGUGUAAAAAGGAGGAAGAAUCAGCGCUGUGGACCCCAAGUGCCGCAGUUCUGACAGACACUGCUCCCCCAAGACCAGCCCUCCCUGUCCCCACCUCCCCUGCAAUAGCCUGUGACCAUUGUUGGUGUCCCUCAGCUCUGCAUGGAAAUCCCCUUCCAGUCUUUCAGCCUGAACUCCUCUAAGUCCCGAAGCCCAGGUGGCAUUGCACUUGGCCCUGGUUGUCAUUGGGAAAGUUCAGGAAGAUCAGGGAAGCACUGGGAGCUGUGAUAGCCAUACGGGAGCAGGAUGGAGAAAAGGACCUCCUCACAGAACCAGCCUAAGGACUGUUAGACCUGGACUGUGGAAGCUGGCUGCUGAGCUAAGCCAGGGAACAUAGGGGUGAAGCUGGACUCACUGAGCUGGCUUCCCAGUAGGAUGCGGACAGUGAGGCCAGGCCCACUGCGCAGUCACAGUGGCUGCUUUUGCUAGGUCCUGCCCAGAAGUAGGAGAAGCCGAGUUAGAUAAGCAGAUUCCUGCUCUACUUCCUCCCUGCUGGUCCUGGGGAGACCAUGGUGCUGAGGGCCACUGCCUUCACGCUGCUGGCUCUGGAUAGCAGUCAGAGAUGGGAAGCAGGCUGUGCUCUGCCGAAAGAUGACUGGACAGCAUCUGUGAGAGAAGAGUCCUGCCCACCCAGAAGGGCUUUAAGGGUGUGCAUGAUGUUUGCCAGCCCAAAGGGAAGGGCUGGCCAGACCCUGAGUUGGACUAACUCAAAUAUAUUCUCUGCCUUCUGUGGGGAGGGCCAGUCCAUGGCCGCCCCCAUGCUCAGAGGAGGAAGCCGGCCAGGGAGGCCCCCUUGCCUGAGCCCUGCCGUCAGUAUUGGAGUCCAUGCUCAAAUCUUGGCCUUUCUGUAUGUAGUCCCACGAUUCUGACAGCCUUUCCACAGCCUCCCCUACCAUGUGCAGCCUCUGAGCAGUGUUCAAUGUGUCCCCUGUUGGCAAAGUCCAGUUUCAAGCCCUUCUCAGAGUCCAUUUCCCUGAUGUGGGCUGCCUGUGCAGUACUGGGGAGAGGCUGGAUUUCCUGGGAAGCACUUGGAAGGGGAGGAAGAAGCCUAUCACCGCUGCCCUCACUAGGAAGCCACCUCUGUCCUGCUGCUGAGUGGAUUUCAGCUGUUGCUCAAAGGUUUAGGGACAAAGAAGAUUCUCUCCCAAGAAUGUGGUGCUGUUUGGUCUCUAGAAAUAGAAUCCUGUUCUUAAUGCAGUAAACUAA